UUCUGCUUUCUUCACAAAUUGAAUCAACAAAUCUACCUCGAUUUAUCCGAAUGCAUCCAUUUUCCAACAUCGAUGUUAACAACACCGCUGCGGGUAACAAGCUAACUCUUGAUGAUUCUACCGGUGUUGAUCAAACACUCGAGCGACUGGAUAACUUGUCAUCUCGAAUUUUUUAUUUCUGCGAAAGCAAACAUCAGUUGAUUCCGUCCCCCUCAGUCGCGAAUAGUAUAAAAAGCGUGCUUACAAACUUUGUGAGUAUGACUCCAAGUGACUUUAAUCUAGCCUCUGAACAUUUCAAGAAAUUCAGGUCCUCGUGCAUGCCAGAAGCUUUAGUAACUCUUUAUAUGACUCAAGAUUGCAGAGUAUUGCUUAUGAAUGCAUUUAUGAAUUUAUCGAUUCACUUAAGAGAGAGACACUUACACCGAUAUACACUUUGUUAGUUUCAGAAUUUAUUAGUAGUUUGGAAGAAGAUGUGGAACAUGACUAUGAUUUGUAUGUAUUUUGCCGGAGUAGUUUGGGGGCUAUGAUAGAGUCUGUAGGGAUCGUGAUGUGCAACGAUGGUGCUGAGAAUUUGUUAUCGUUGAAUGAUAUUUUUCAGUUUGUUAUUGAGAUAGCGAGCGAGUUAUGCACUGAGUUAGCUAAGACCGCGGGAUCAAACUGAAUAUUCGGGGCUAUCAUUUCCCCUUGUGCAUGAUUUUACCGCGUAUAUAGUUCCUGUGUGCAAUGUUUUACGACCAUUGAUGCACGAUGACACUGGUGAAGUGGAGUGUUACAGAGGGACUAUUGAAAGAAUGAAGUCUGAAAUUUUCGAUGUUUUGUUAGGAAAAAUGGAGUUGUCUUUAAGGUCAUUGUGUUUGAAAGGGGAAGUAGAAGACGUGGAAGAUGUACCUUGGUGGUCUCUAUAUCUCGUAAUUCUGAAGCACUUAUGUAAUGUAUCGAAACUGUGUAACGGUUUUGAGAGUAAGUUUUGGGAGACGAUGAAGCGAGUGAAGUCUUCGUUGAGCUUUCUGAUCUUUUCGCUUGUGACUAAAUCAGAAGACUACGAGUGGCUGUUUGAGGUAAUGGAUUUUGAUGCACGGAGUCAUCUGGCGCGGAUGAUGAUUCCAGAAGUUGGAGAGAAUGAGGAAUGUCAAUACAACAUGCUCACCAACAGGUCUGAGUUACUCAAAGAUUCGUAUGGCUACAUUGGAAUAAUUGCCAGACCGGAGCAAUUGCUAGGCGGUUUGUUUGGGCAAUUCGAAAAUGAACAAGCUACCGGACCUGGUGUGUUGAGGGAGUGGUUAUUAUUGGUAUGCCAAGCGAUCUUCAAUCCUCGGAAUUCUCUUUUUGUUGCCUGCCCGAAUGAUCGUGGAAGGUUUUUCCCAGAUCCAGACUCUAAGGUGAAUCCGGCACACCUUGAGUAUUUCCGUUUCUAUGGUAGGAUGAUUGCGUUGGCCUUAAUGCAUGGGGUACAAAUUGAAGUUGUGUUUGAUCGCGUCUUCUUCUUGCAAUUGUCUGGAAAAGGCGUAUCAUUGCAAGACAUCAGGGACUCGGAUCCAAUCUUGUACAAUAGCUACAAGCAGAUAUUGGAUAUGGAUCCAGAGAUGGUGGAUCAAGAUGUUCUAGGCUUGACGUUCGUAACUGAACUUGAGGUUUUGGGCUCGAGGAAAGAAAUAGAGCUUUGUCCCAACGGAAAGGAUACUGUCGUGGACAGUAAGAACCGGGAGGUGUAUGUUAGUCUGCUGAUCAAACAUCGGUUUGUAACUUCGAUUGCAGAGCAGGUCGAGUAUUUUGCAAAAGGUUUUGAAGAUUUGAUAGCUCCGUCAAGGGCUCAGUCCUUUUUCCGGUGUCUUUAUCUCGAUGAUCUCGACUUAAUGCUCGGUGGUAGAAGCGAUGUUUCUAUCGAAGAUUGGAAAGCGCACACUGAUUAUCAUGGCUACAACAAAAGCGAUUCUCAAAUAUCCUGGUUCUGGGAGCAUGAUUUCGUGAGAAGCAUGUUUGACAAAGGAGUCUAUUAUUAAGGACGUUCUGUCGUUCUUUUCUCAUGAUCCAACAAUGUUCGUUUUCUUUCUCUUGUUGUGCAGAUAGUCGAGCGAAUGUCUGUUGAGGAGAGAAAGGUGCUUCUUUUCUUCUGGACAUCAGUUAAAUCUCUGCCUCUAGAUGGCUUUGGUGGUCUGGAUUCGCGACUUGACAUCUACAAGAACUCACAGUCGUGGGAUCACUUGCCUUCUUCACAAACGUGCUUCUACCGCAUGUACUUUCCGCCUUAUCAAUCCUUGGAUGUCAUGCAAGAUCGACUCCGCAUAAUCACCCAAGAACAUGUUGGUUGCAGCUUUGGUACCUCGUGAUCGAUCAGAGGCAGAUUCAAGAUUUGAAGUUUACGAGUUCUUAUAGCUAUGUAGAAUUAAUGUACAAUGAUAUAUAACUGAGUUCUUACAGCUAAAGAUUCUUUGGGAUGUGCUCCCUUCUUCUCUUUGCUUUUACUUUGUCAUAUUUUGAC